AUGCCAGAAAAAGUGCUCGAUUUAUUUGAUCAAAUGAAUAUCCAACCUGAUCAAGUUGUUUUCAAUACUGUAUUUAGUGCUUGUGCUCGUGUUGCUAAUGAUCGUGCUAAAGAAAUUGGAAGAAAAGUUCUUAAUCAAAUGCCUAAACAUUUUCAUAAUGACAAUAUUUUACUCACUUCAGCAAUAAAUAUGUUAAUGAAAUUUGGUGAUGUUGAAAAUGCUGAAAAUUUUUUCCAAACGAUGAAAAAGAAAGAUGUUAUUGCAUAUGGUGCUAUGAUGAAAGGAUAUGUGGAAAAUAAGAUGUACGAAAAAACAUUAGAUUUAUUUGAACAACUACCGUUUCCACUUCAUAAUGUCGGUUAUACUAUAAUAUUCAAUGCUUGUGCACAACUUUUGAAUGAUCGUGCUAAACAAAUCGGAAAAAAACUUCUUAAUGAAAUGCCUAAACAUUUUCAUAAUGACAAUAUUUUACUCAAUUCAGCAAUAGAUAUGUUAAUGAAAUUUGGUGAUGUUGAAAAUGCUGAAAAUUUUUUUCAAAUGAUGAAGAAGAAAAAUAUCAUUACAUAUGGUGCUAUGAUGAAAGGAUACGUGAAAAAUAACAUGAGUGAUAAAGCAUUAGAUUUAUUCGAGCAAAUGUCAUUGAAUCCCAAUAAUGUGAUACAUAUCAUUGUUUUGAAUGCUUGUGCACAACUUUUGAAUGAUCGUGCUAAAGAAAUUGGAAGAAAACUUCUUGAUCAAAUACCUAAACAUUUUCAUAAUGAUAAUGUUUUACUCACUUCAGCAAUAGAUAUGUUAAUGAAAUUUGGUGAUGUUGAAAAUGCUGAAAAUCUUUUCCAAAUGAUAAAAAAGAAAGAUGUUAUUGCAUAUGGUGCUAUGAUGAAAGGAUAUGUGGAAAAUAAGAUGUACGAAAAAACAUUAGAUUUAUUUGAACAACUACCGUUUCCACUUCAUAAUGUCGGUUAUACUAUAAUAUUCAAUGCUUGUGCACAACUUUUAAAUGAUCGUGCUAAAGAAAUUGGAAGAAAACUUCUUAAUCAAAUGCCUAAACAUUUUCAUAAUGACAAUGUUUUACUCAAUUCAGCAAUAGAUAUGUUAAUGAAGUUUGGUGAUGUUGAAAGUGGCGAGAAGCUAUUUCGAACGAUCAAGAAAAAAAAUAUUGUGACAUUUGGAGCUAUGAUGAAUGGAUAUAAUAUAAAUAAUCAACCGUUCAAAUGUUUACAACUAUUAGGGGAAAUCAAACAACAAAAUUUUAUAAUCGAUGAAUUCUCAUCAAAUAUAUUGAUAAAUGCAUGUGCACGACUUAGUAUGCUUUCAAAAUGUCAAUUAGUUGUUGAUCAAAUUCCUUCACAUUUAUAUAAAAAUCAACGUAUACUUAAUUCAUUAAUUUAUAUGUGGGGAAAGGCUGGUUCUAUUGAAAAUGCUCAGAAGAUUUUUCAAUCUAUCGAUAAUCCUGAUGAUUUUACAUAUAAUUCAUUGAUUUAUAUCUAUGGACUUAAUCGAAUGGGUUUAGAAGCUGUUGAUUUAUAUCGAAAAAUGCCUGAUCAUUUACGUAAUGAAAUAACAUAUGUAUGUGUAUUAAAUGCAUGUUCUCAUUCGGGUCUUCUUAAUGAAGCUCGUUCUAUUUUCAAUGAAAUUUCUCAGAAAAGCAAACAAAUUAUUGCUGCAAUGAUUGAUUGUCUAAGUCGUCUUUAUAUAUUUGAUGAAGCACAAAAACUCAUCGAUGAUUAUGAAAAAUCUAAUCCACCUUGUUCAGUUAUGUAUAUGGCAAUAUUAUCUGGAGCACGUAAUUCUCGUCAACAUAUUUUAUCACAAAAAAUUUAUGAUAGAAUGAUAAUGUUAUUUCCUAAUGAAAAAGAGACACUCAAGUCUGGUUCAGUUCUUCUUGGUAAUACAUAUUUAUCUAUAGGUGAUCAUGAACAAGCAAAGAAUGUUCGAUUAAAUCGAAUCAAAGCAUUAGGAACAAAAAUUCAACCAGGAGUAUCAUGGACAGAAUUCAAUGGUGAAAUUUUAGAGUUCAAAGCCAAUGAUCGUCGUCAUCCUCAAUCUAAAGAAAUCCAUGCUAAAGCAAAAUAUAUAUCCGAUGUAUUGAUGAAACAUGGUCAUGAAUAUGAUGCUAGUUGGAUAACUCGUCCAUUAGGUGAAGAUGAAACAAUUGAAUCUGUAUUAUGUACUCAUAGUGAACGACUAGCAAUCGCUUAUCAUUUUUUACAAGAAGAAAAUCCAUCGUUUAUUCAGAUUACGAAGAAUCUUCGUGUUUGUGGAGAUUGUCUAAUUUAUGUAUCUAUUGUUUUAGAUCGGGCAACAAAACUCAUUGCCAAAAUUUGGCAAUGUAAAAUAAUAGUACGUGAUGCAAACUGUAUUCAUCACUUCUCGCCUGAUGGAACUUGUUCAUGUCAAGAUCAUUUUUAG